AUACUAUCUAUUGCAGAAAUUGUUAAUAGUUUGGUCACAGUUUGACCCACAACGGAAGUAGAAGCAGAGUCGGUGCAGCAUUUGUCCAAUCACAGCUCGAGGCUUCAUGUGUCGCUGGGAUUGUUUUGAUGCCGAAAAUGUUAGAAGUGACAUUUAGCGAUUAAAAGGUCCAUAUAAGGUAUAUUUCACAUCAAUUGUUGUUUACUGCCGUUGUUCCUCAGUGAACGCGUAUUUCACACAUGGAUUUAGUAUUCCUUUUAAUAAAUAUCCGCGUUGGCACACGCUACUAACGUUGGAUGCCUCUGUUUAUAACCCGUGCCAGUUGGCGAGUCGUGUGUGCGUUCCACAAACUCAAGAAUUAUAAUAUGAUACUGUCCGAGGGUUAUUAUUAGCUAUGGACAUAGCCGUUUUUCUAUCGUUUUCCUGCGAACCCUACCGAUAAAACGGCUCAACUCCUUCUGCCGCCACCGUUUACAAGGCCAGGAAAAGCCGAUAUGGACGCUACAGCACGGGCACCUACAAUAGUUGUAUAGCGGUGACACCGACAACUGGAGUCCGCCGCCUGGUCCUCGCACAGUAACAACAACCCCAACCGUAACUGUCGUUCUUUUCUAUGACACACCAAAUUUAUGCCCAGCUAGAUUCAGUAGAAUCGCUGUUAGACGAUCUCCCAUAUAUGUUUUAUCUCGGCUUGUUUUUUGUGAACGUCUUGAUCCUCUACUAUGCCUUUCUUAUGGAGUACAUCAUCCUGAAUGUGGGAAUAGUAUUUCUGCCAGAGGACAUGGACCAGGCGUUGGUGGACCUCGGAGUGCUCUCAGACCCGGCCUCUGGCCCCUACGACACUGACACGGAGCUGGACGUGUUUGAGGGUUAUCUGGAGUGACAGGAAGAAGGAGGAAUUGUCUGAAGGAGGCGCUGGCUAUGACGCAGCGGGCCGGGUCAGGAUGGGACAGCGGGAUCCCUCCUUGGCUACUGAUACUGGGAAGGACAUAUUUUCAGAUUGAUGCUGAUGUUGGCUUCACCUCCCACAGACACCUAGGGGGAAGAUAAAGUUGGUUGCGGCCCUAGGAAAGAGCCCCCACACUGGAUCACUUGUCACUCACUCUGCUCCCAGCACCAAUUGACUUAGGUGAAACCCUCAGCAUGGACCAGAGAACGAUGUAAGGACCUUCACCUGGGCCACAGAGACACCUGUUUACUGUGGAGGAGACAACUGCAGGAGGACAGGGAUUAAAACAAUUUCCACUGCUGUGCUUUGCAACGUCUAACAAGAGUGUACACGUCGCAGAAAAUCAAUACCCACUAUAGACAUCAUUCACAGAACACGUGUUUGAAACUAUUUUUUCAUUUAUUGCUUGGUCACCUCACACUCGGUCUUUUUCAUCUCAUUUUUAAGUCACUGAUUAUGUGUUUGACGGGAGUGGCUUUGAUUCAUUUUGAGUAUUUUAAAAAGCAGGCCAGUCAUGCAGGCUUUGUGAGAGCUUCAGAGGUGCAUGUUCACCAUCUCAGGAGCAUGGUUAGAAUCUCAGUGACCAAACAGUAACACUGGAUACAGGUUUGCCAUGAAAUGAGUUCUCAGUAAGCUAGCCUGCGAGUCUAAGAUAAUAAAUCAGUAACUUAGCUCAAAAACAGAAACCCUGAAAAAUCAUAUGUUGUGUGCACGUUGGAUUUCCUAAAGAGGAAAUAAUAGUAAUAAGAGUUUGACCUGUAUGAUGAGUAUAAGACUAAAGCCUUGAAGUUUUUCAACUAUUUUACACCCAAUUCAAAUGUUUAACAUAUUCACUUCCUGGUGUGUUAAACACACAAGACUGCAUGAUCUUAGUUAUUUUUAUCAUCAAAUUUGCUUUUAAUUGCACUUUCUUCUUGUUUUAUCUCCCCAAGAAAUUAAUAUUGUUAAAUGUAUAUUGUUGUGAGCAAUAAAACAAUUGGAUACAAGCAAGGCAAUGUUAAUACAUCACCAUAAUAAAACUGUAUGAGCUGUCAGUCUGUGGGAAGCACUAGCCAGUUAACCCAAGACAGGCAGUUGAGCUACCUUCUAUUACAAAAAACAAAACAAAAAAAAAAAAAAAAAAACAACAAAAAAGCUAUGUACAAGUAUUUUCCUGUCCAAUGAAGGAAAGCCAUAUAAAUUACUAAAUUAAUCUAUACGCAUACAGUUCAUGUAAUAUAAUCACUUUUUUGCCAAUUUAUAAAAAAGACGUACAUAUAUUUUUAUUUCAACACUUUGCUAAAUGCUUAAAUACUAAAUGUUUAUCCUUUUUGUGAAAAUAUUACAGCCACAUGACACGAAAGCUCAGGAUAGAAGUGGUAUUCAAACUGCUGUUUAUAAUGCAUUGAAACAGUGACCAGUCAUUAAAAAUGUAAGAAUGUAAUCAUUCUAUAUCAUGCUGGAAAUAAACACGGUAACACUCAUCAAUCUUUAAAAGACCCAAAGAAGGAUAUGUAAAUUGUUGAAAGUAAAAGGCCGUCAUAAGUCACUGCACAUUGUGGGCAUGCUCGGCUGACCUCGUAUCAGUGUCUUCCUUUAAUAAACUUAUCUUAAUAUUGUGACAUAUCCGAGAUACUGCUUUGUUUUUGUUUGUUCGUUCGUUUUUUUGUUCAUUAUUAUCUCAAUGUGUGCCUCCUUACAGUACGUCUGACCUUUUUUGACACACAUUAUUAAAUAUAUCUCAUUGAAAAAAUGUUUUAUUUUCCCAAAUCUGUUUAAUAAAUACUUGCAGAAUCUCAA